UGUCAUUCUACGUACACACGCAGCUGAAGAGGUUGCUUUCGGUGAUGGCCUGCAAAGCAUCAGAAAGUGCUUUCCCCAGACGAUGUGGCUCUUCCUCGUCAGCACCAUCAUCCCUUUCAUUAUGAGGUUGGGCGACGAGGCGUCUCAUUCAAAAAUGUUAUUCCACCGCGCACACUCUUGUUGUUGUUUCCUAUCUGGAUGCUCUUUCGGUUUUGGUCAUCUGCAACACUUCAACAUUAUCAUCCCAGGAUGGACGCGCCAAACUCCACAAGUUUGACGAACUCGCAGACGAGACCAUUCACAUGGAGCACAAUAUCGCCAUCCAAGCGGCUAGUUUAUCAUCCGUGUUUCGAUGGCUUUCAAUGUGCGCGGCUUGAUGUCCCUCUAGAUUGGAAUAGCACUGUUGGGAGCGAACAACAGGUUGCUAUUGCUAUUGUAAAGCUGCCUGCUCGUGUGCCAGUGACUGACCCUCGAUAUGGAGGCGUGGUUCUCCUCAAUCCAGGCGGCCCUGGAGCCUCCGGUGUGGACUUGUGCCUGAGAGCUGGCAAGCCCAUUCAACAGAAUAUCGACUCAGAAGUUGAUCCAUCAUCGAAUAUCCAGCAAUCUUCCAAUUUGAGCAUCAAAUACUUUGAUGUACUUGGUUUUGAUCCCUGUGGUGUCAACAAUACAAGCCCACGCUUUGAAUGCUUCACGAACUUUUUUUCACGGCAGUCCUGGACACUGUUUACCAACCACGUCGACGUUUUUGGGAGCUCUGAUACUGCGUUUGAUGGUUUGUGGGCUAGGACGAUAGCCUUAGCCCACAGCUGUUCAGAUACAUCAAUCGCAGUUCACAACGGACAUGAGCUCCAACGAUUCACGAAUACCGCUCCAGUUGUGACGGACAUGGUAGAAAUUAUGGAGCGCCAUGGUGAAUGGCGGGAGCAGGAAGCUCGCAGCCGGCCUGCUCAAACUUCAGCGUCUCACCAACAUGUUCAGUCCAUCAGUGAUCAAAUUCGCCGGAGGCGUGGAGAGAAGAAGCUUCUUUAUUGGGGUUCUCGUAUGGAACUGUGCUCGGUGCAUCCUUUGCAGCUAUGCAUCCUCAUCGAGUGGGCCGCAUGGUCUUGGACGGUGUAUGUGAUGCAGAAGACAUAUUUCGUGGAGGCUGGCAGACAAAUCUCCAAGACUCCGAUACCGUCAUACACAAAUUUUGCGAUUAUUUUCACGAAGCCGGCCGUGAACGAUGCCCGCUUUAUGUUGGAAGCAGUUCUGCAGAAAUUUUGGAUAGACUUGAAAACGUGCCCCCUUGCUGUCAAAGCUUCUCCAAAUAGAGGACCAGAUGUUAUCACAUACAGCGAUGUCAUGAGAUUGAUUCGGGUGUCGCUCUACUCACCUCCUUUCGGCUUUCCAAUAAUAGCGAGGUUCCUCGAUGAGAUCUCUCGUGGGAACGGGUCCGGAUUUGCUGAUUACAAGCAAGAUGAAAUUCCUACUUGUCAGAGCUUAUCGGAAUCAGAUCCUCAAGAACGGCCUGAGGAUUGUCCGGAUUACGACCAGUUGAUUUACGAAGUUGCAGACUCGAUCAUUUGCACCGACGCUGAAGAUCAGACGAAUUUGGCGAAAUCAGAUUUUCGAGAUUAUCUUACUCGCAGGAGGAACCAGAGCAAGUGGCUUGGUGACCUAUUUUCGGUCGUUCGUUUGCCCUGUUUUGGAUGGCAAGUCAGGCCGAGUUGGAGAUUUUCUGGACCCAUUUCUGGAGACCCAGCGCACCCUUUACUAUUCAUUGGGAACACAUUUGAUCCUGUCACGCCCAUCCACAACAUUGCUCUCUAAACUCCCCAUCACUUUGUACGGCAAAGGUGGUUCGGCGCUAUUUCCAGACCGGUACCCUACCAGAAGUAAACACCAUGUGCGAGCCAGAGAAGAGGCCCUUCUCCUUGCCUGUAACCGACAUGUCUCGCACGCCAGGAGACGAAGCCCUUUUAGAUAUGCUGGAGGCAUUUGACAAAGCUCCCAUCAAUGCGUAUCUAGGUGCACACAACUAGCAGGCGUGUUCUCAACUGCAGGGUGCAGAUAUGAUACUACGAAUUCCAGGACAAAGAGAGCUAAUUAAGGGCGUGGGCGCAGAGACAGG